UACGUUUAACAAAACAACUUUAUGAAGAUUGUUCCUUGGUAUUUUAAAUAUCAAUAGGUAUUAUUUAAAUAUUAUGGAUAACGCUGGACAAGGUCAACUUGCUGUGGGUGGCGGUCGCCGUGAGCCUUCCAUUGAUCCCGUCAAAGCGCAAGGGAUUCUGACAUCAGUCAACAAAAAAGCAAAACAUGCAGCGCGUUUAUGGAGCAAACGAUGGGGUUUUUACACUCAGAUGCGAGAAAUACAAGAAGAGGAAGCUAAAAAAAUAGGCAUGAGUGUAGAGGAGUACCGCGCUGCGCUGCGCUCGGUGAGCUGCAAACCUGUGGAGCAGCAACGAGUGCACGUUGAGCCCAGUCCAACGCCGCUACCCCUUACAUCCUCAGGUAUAAUAGGCCACCGGGCGCUAUAUCCACUCGAUUGCUACGGACCUUUAGUAAAAACUGGGCGCAAUUACCCUACGAGACCGCCAUUGCCGCCGGGACAAAUCUACGAUCCAUAUAAGCAGACUAUGAUUUUCUUAGGGGGAGGAAUCGGCGACCCAAUAUCGUACAAGCUGCCGGUGGCACGUUCUGAGGUCACCGACGACAUGUGGACACGACCCCAACAACUUACCGUCACGCAGUUUGAUUUAUUGUGAUAAUUUACUUAUACUAUACACGUCUAAGAAAUGACGUCAUCGUGGUGUUUUGUGCAAGAUAGUUACGGUGUCUCCACUGUUGUUGCACCUACGUAGUAUUAACACCUUCCUCAAACUCUUCGAAGAAAUAAGAGAUAAUAACGUUCUUUUACAUUGGAAAAGCCGACCCCACCACCAUGUGGGAUACGAGCUAGGCAGAGAGAGAGAGAGAGAGAGAAUGUUCUUUUACAUGUGCUACUAGUUGACGUUCAAUAUCAUUUUGUUGUCCAAUAAAUGAUCUAAAACGUCACAUAUGAACAUACAUGAAGUAAUUUG